AUGAGCGUCCAAGAAUACAACAUUCAGAAGCUGCGGGGUAUCGUGUAUAAUUGCCUAGAUAAUGAACAGCUGGAUUCGGCGCAACUGAACGUGGAGAUUUUGUGUGCUCAAAAUCCUGCUAACCUUGAUUCGAUACAUCUUCACGGGCUUGUUUUGUAUCGAAGGGGUCUCUACAAGUCUGCCUACAAUCUAACUGCUAAUAAAAUGCACAUGGGAUGUGCUUAUGUUUUUGCAUUGUGUGCGUUAAAGUUGGAACAUCCCCAAGAAGGAAUUUAUGUGCUCCAGAAAAUACUGGAUACUAUCAGAGAAGAAGGCAUCUCAGAAGAAUCUAUGGAAUCCAAUUUGGGAAAGAAUGAAAAUCAACGGAGUGUGUUACCAGAUAUCCCUUCUUUUUAUAACUUGCUGGGCAAGUUGUAUGCCUCUAUGGAUGACGAUGUCAAUACUGUGGUGUGCUACUCCAAGGCUUUAGAACUGAACCCUUUUCUUUUUGAAGCUUUUGAGCAAUUGUCUAAGUUAGGGGCCAAGAUCAAAAUUGGCAAAGUAUACAAACCCACGUCUACCUUCUCGAUGAAUCCGCCAGCUGGUAGUGAAUUAUUUGAGAGCAUAGCACCUGAUACUUCGGUGGAACUAAAACAGCCAGAAGACUCCAAACCUAAGGGGCGAUCUCUUUUCGGAAGAUCUAAUAUUAUGGGCACUCCGGAGUUUUCCAAGAAUAAAGUCAAGAACCUGACUACCCCAAAAGUACGAGAGCUCAAGCUCCCUGAAGCACCUACAAGAAAGACUAGAAGUUCUGUAACUUCAGAUGCAUUCAAACCGCCGCCAGCAAAUACAUCAAGCUCAUUUCCAAGAAGAUCGAAUAGACUUUCAGCUUCCAAGGUUACGUCUCGUUUGCUGAUGCAACCUAUUUCUGGCUUAGGUACCCCUUCAACUUAUGACAACGAUAAUACAACUCACAUGGAUAGCAUCAAAACUAACAAAGACUCAUGGUUGAAGCGAUCUUAUAAUUUUUCUAACAUGCCCCCUGCUCCAAACAAUAAUAGUGACUUCCGUAAUUUUAAUGAGGUUACGAGUGAAAACGAGUUGAUUGUUCUUUACGGACGAAUUGCAAGAGCUUACAAGGCAUUUUGUCAAUACGAUUGCUUCAAAGCUAUCAGACUCUUCACGUCUUUACCGGAGCACGUCGUUGAUAUGCCCUGGGUUCUGGCCAAGCUAGGAAGGUUGCAUUUUGAGAUUGUCAACUAUGAACAAUCUGAGUUCUAUUUUCAAAAACUGAGACAAAUUGACCGAACGAGGGUUGAAGAUAUGGAGUAUUACUCUACGCUUUUGUGGCAUCUGCACAAAGAAUCUGAGUUGAGCUAUCUUUCUCAUGAGCUCUAUCAAAUAGACAAAUAUGCUCCUCAAACAUGGGUCACGAUUGGUAACCUUUUCUCAUUGAAUAGGGACAACGAGGAGGCCGUUAGAUGUUUCCAAAAAGCAACCCAGUUAGACCAGAAUUUUGCAUAUGCUUAUACUCUUCAAGGACAUGAACAUGUUGCAAAUGAUUCUUUUGAGAAUGCAUUUGAAAGCUUUAGAUAUGCUCUAUCUAUUGACAAACGACAUUACAAUGCAUUAUAUGGCUUAGGAAUGGUCCAUCUCAAACUUGGAGACUUUACAAAGGCAGAAUUUCACUUUAGGAAAGCUAUUGAUAUCAAUCCUGUAAACGUCAUACUAACUUGUUGUGUAGGUAUGGUACUUGAGAAGUUAGGAAAACGGGAGCUUUCUUUGAAGCAGUACGAUUUUGCAUGCAAAUUGCAACCUUUGUCUAUGCUAGCACUUUUCAAGAAAGCUCAAGUUCUCUUAGCUCUCCAACAAUACGACUUAGCUCUCAAAGACUUUGAGAAACUGCAAAAGCUUGCUCCAGAUGAAGCAAGUGUUCACUUCCUUCUUGGAGAACUUUACAAACAACUGGGGAGAAAAUCAGACGCCAUCAAACAGCUGACUAUUGCAUUGAAUCUUGAUCCUAAGGGCUCUCACGUCGUGAAAGAAUCACUAGAGGGAAUCCAAACCAUAGAUACCAUCGACGAAGAGAUGAACGACCAUUGA